CAAUUCACAAUCUGAUAUGAAGCUACAACGAAUAGGCACUUAUGUUGCAAUCAGGCAGCUUUGCCCCAAGUGUUUGUACAACCGUAAGUGGCAGAGCCAACCAAUAAUUGGAAGUACACCAAUGGGCAACCUCCUGUUAUCAGCUGCAACUUAUUUUACUGGGGGAUCAUUCAUCAAACUACAAAAGAUUUUCAAGGCCAUGGAAUUAAAACUUCACCAGUACGUCACAUUCAGGAGACAUUGCAGGAGUUUUUUGGAACCAGCAAUUGUACACAAGUGGAGAAGUGAACAACGAAAAAUUAUACAGAAGUUACAAGAGGGAGGAAAGAUUGCAUUAUCUGGAGAUAUGCGUGCAGAUUCCCCAGGACAUUCUGCUAAAUAUGGCAGCUAUACUCUUAUGCACAUGCAUAGCAAUACUAUUGUUGAUCUACAGCUUGUUCAGAGCAACGAGGUUGGUGGUAGCUAUCACAUGGAGAAGGAAGGCCUAAAGAGAUGUCUGGACCUGCUGGAGUCUAACGAUUUAGAAGUGGAUUACAUCGUCACUGACCGUCAUCCACAGAUCCAGAAGUAUCUCAGGGAGCGUGACAUAACACAGUUCUAUGAUGUGUGGCACUUUGAGAAAGGUUUGUCUAAGAAAUUAGAUAAACUGGCAAAAAAAAAAGGACUGUGAAUUGCUGAGGCCGUGGCUGCAUAGCAUCAGAAAUCAUGUUUAUUGGUGCGCCACUUCCUCGACAUCAGGACCAGAGAAGGUGGCUAAGUGGACUAAGAGGUGGUCAACCACCUCCAGAAUGUGCACACACAUGACAAUCCUA